AAGGUUAGCGGAACAUCCGAAUGGCGCGUGAGACGCACAUACAGCAGGUCUCCAAACGACGCACAUUAGCGUGAUGGUAUCUGAAACAAUGUGUCGAUGGUCCAGCUGAACUUGAAUUUUUACUGGCAGGAGAGUUAGCGAUUCCACUGACUGUGGAUCGCAUGCAUCACGGAUGGAUCCUAUUCUAAGUUAUGGCUGGAAAAGGAUAUUGCGGUUAUUAUCAAUUUACUUCAUCCUUAUUUAUCAGGCGCACAUAUCCUGGGGUAUUGAUAGUGUGAAUAUCACUGACUGGCAUGUUUUGAACAACAGCGAAAGCAGCAGGAUAAUGCUGCCGAAAUGGGAUACCGCUUCCCAAAGAGAACAGGGAGCAGCCACUGAGUUACCAUCCAACUCAACCUCCUCCACCACAGUAACCCACAAGUCAGACGGCCAGAACCCAAUUUCCUUAGGCAAGACAUCAGGUCAACAACAACCCAUUGCAGAAAACCUCAACAUAUCCCACAUAUCAUCAGAGAAAAACGUUUCUAACUUCGCACCAACAACAUCCAACCUACCACAAACCACUUCACUACCAUCUAACCAAUCACAUUCCCCCUCACACAGCCAAUCACUAUCAAGCUCAAUAUUAUCUAACCAAUCCACGGCAAUCGGAGGACAAUUAAGACUAUCACAAAUUAGAGAGACACCGACAAAUGUGAUAACCACACCAUCAGAUAAGGCCCCUACUCCUGCACAUUCUCAUGUGGAAUCACCAAGCCACCUCUCAUCUGGCAAUCCACCACAAUCAAGCCAUCUCUUGUCAGACUCUGUGCCAUCCAGUAGAACAUUAAUUGGUUCCAAAGCAACAUACAAAGCGGUCACUACCUCAAAAGAAGUACCAUCAACAAUCCCAAUGGCUGAAACCACUUUGAUGCAGAUAAGGAUGUCAACACCCAGCUCAACAUUGUCCAACAAAUCACCGAUCAUUUCCCCAGACACAGAGGAGGCAUCGACCGAUGUGCUGGCCUCUGAUCAUUCACCAACCAUCCCAUCGAAAUGGACCCUGGCAUCUCCCAGCACCAUACCAUCAAAUCAAAAACCAACUAUAUCAACAGAAUUGAAGCAGGAAUCGCCAAGCUCAACACCACCCAAAAAAUUACCAACCAGCUCAACAGAAUUGAAGCAAGAUUCAGCAAGCUCACCAACCGACAAACCAACAACCGGCUCAACAGAAUUGAAGCAUACGUCACCCAGUCCGACACCAUUAAAUAAAUUGCUAAAUCCCUUGACCAAAUCGUCGUCUAACUCAUCACCCAGCCAACCAUGGGUCAGAUCAACCAAUCAAUCAUCAUCAAUCUCAACAGACUUUAACGUUUCAACAACCUCACCCACGACCAUGGUCCAUUCUUGGGACGCACCAUCCAGUUUGCCACUGGAUGGCCCUCAAUCAGGAUUUACAGCUCCAGUUAAUUCUUCCUCAUCCUACAGGCAUUCCAAGGAAAGAAUAAUGUUGGCAUACAAGAUGGCCUCAGAUCUCUGUUGGUUUCCUUGUCUGAAUGGAGGUCAAUGUGUGCACCCAGACUCAUGUGACUGCAGUUUAUAUCAAGCCACUGGUGCCAGAUGUCAAACAGUUCCAAACACCGGCUUUGAGAGGGAGAUGACAUGCCGUUCGUGGGGCCAGUAUAACUUUGAGACGUUUGAUGGUCUUUACUACUACUUCCCUGGGAGAUGCAGCUACACGUUGCUAAAGGAAUGCGAGUACACCACAUCAUCCAGUAUCACUGUCCAGGUCCAUAACGACCCUGGUUGCCAAGGCUCCAGGUAUAACUGCACACGCUCUAUCAGUCUCUUCGUUCCUUCGGAAGGGGAGGUCAGGCUGAACCGCGAUACUGUCACCUUCAAUGGCCAACGUCUUGAACUGCCUCACCACAUCCAUGACCUGGAGCUGGAGCAUAUCGCCCACUAUGUUCUGGUGACCCGGCACGAAGGCUUCACUCUUGCCUGGGAUGGACACAGUGGCUCUGUCUACAUCAAACUCAGCCCAGAGUUUGUGGGAAGAACCUGUGGUUUGUGUGGCAACUUUAACGCUGACGUCCAAGACGACCUCAAAACCAGCUACGGACUGGUGACUGCAGAAAUAGACAUGUUUGGAAACAGCUGGAUGGAGGCGAAGCCACACGAAGCAGCAUGUCUCCUCGUCAUUUCUGGCUUCCCCUCACCCUGUGCUGGGCUGGAUGAUCAUUUCUUGUUGAAAGUGGAAGAGGUGUGUGCUAUGCUGCUGGAGGAGCCUUUUCUGAGCUGCCAUGCGAUUGUCAGCCCUCUGCCCUACAUGGCCAGCUGCUCCAACGACCUCUGCCUGUCAAGUCCCAGUGGUGAUGUGGUAUGCCAGGUGUUCACAGAGUACGCCAGGGCCUGUGCCCACGCUGACUCCCCGCUUAACGACUGGAGGGAACACAUACCCCAGUGUGCGAAGCAGUGUCCCGCUGACUUGCAGUACAGGGAGUGCAUCAGCUGCUGUCCGGCCACCUGUAACGCGGAGCGCAUGUGCAUCGACAGCAAGCUGGUCUGUCUGGAUGGCUGCUACUGUCCUGCAGGUCUGAUUUAUGAGGAUGGACGCUGCGUGUCACCGUCUGACUGUCCGUGUGAGUACCACGGCAUGCUUUACCCUGGCGGACAAACGGUUCAGGAAGACUGCAACAACUGCACUUGUGUCGGGGGGGUGUGGAACUGUACAGAGUACACCUGUCCAGGAGAGUGCUCAGUGACUGGAGAUAUGUUCUUUCAAUCCUUCGACGGUCGGAUCUUCACCUUUCCAGCGACAUGCCAGUAUGUUCUGGCAAAGAGCAGCAGCUCAGGGAGGUUCACAGUCACCAUUCAGAAUACCCCAUGUGGACCUACUCUGGACGGGGCCUGCAUCCAAUCUGUGAGCCUACUCUUUGACGAGGAUCCCAGAAGCCAAAUUACUCUGAGCCACCUCGGCGAAGUCUUCAGGGCAGGACAGUACCGCGUCUCUCUGCCCUACUCCGACGAGAUGUUCCAGAUCCAGGAGCUGUCCUCCAUGUUCCUGCAGGUGAGCACAACCCUGGGCUUGCAGCUCCACUACAGCUGGAAGGAGUUCCGCCUCUACCUGCGCCUCGACCCAUCCUGGAAGGACGACAGCCUGGGCCUGUGUGGCACCUUCAACGGCAACACUCAAGAUGACUUCUUGUCUCCGUCUGGGAUGAUCGAGAGCACGCCGCUGCUGUUUGGAGACUCCUGGAGGGUGCCCUCGGCCUGCACCCCCCUCCACAGCUCCCCCCAGCUGGACCCCUGUGAUACGCACCAACAAUCCGCGACCUACGCCUCGGAGAUGUGCGACCUUCUGAACCAGGAGGUGUUCUCUCCGUGCCACGAGUACAUCAGCCCCGCCCCCUUCCAGCGGCAGUGCCGCGCCGACACCUGUAAGUGUGGCACGCCCUGCCUGUGCUCCGCGCUGGCCCACUACGCACGCCACUGCCGCAAGUUCUCAGUCAUCGUCGAGUUCAGAUCCCACGUGCCGGAUUGUGCGGUUGAAUGCCCGGACACUAUGGAAUACGGGACAUGUGUGUCGUCAUGCCAACGCCGUUGCUCCGCCCUAUCAUCCCCCCAUCAUUGUGGGCAGGAAUGUGAGGAAGGGUGCGUCUGCCCAUAUGGAACCUUCUACGACGCCCACACACACGCCUGUGUGCCCCGGAGCCAGUGUCCUUGCAGUUUUCUGGGGACAGAUUAUGAGGCAGGGGAUGUGAUUAUAACAUCAGCAGGAGUUCAGAUCUGCCAGGAUGGUAAACUGACUGCUCAGAAUACUGACAACGACAUGCUGUGUCCCCUGGGCCAGCUCUACCAGAACUGCUCUGAGGCAGAGGAUGGGCGUGUGGAAGGGAGAGGCGUGGCCUGUGAACAGACCUGCCAAUCCUCCCUUCUCAACCUCACCUGCUCAGCACAUGAACCCUGUGUGUCGGGCUGCACCUGCCCCCCUGGCUUCCUGAGGCAUGGAGACGAGUGUUUUCAACCUGAAUCCUGUCCUUGUCUGUGGAAGGGGAAGGAGUUCUACCCGGGAGACAGGGUCUCCUCACCCUGCCAUCAAUGUGUGUGCCAACACGGGACGUUCCAGUGUGUUACUCGCCCGUGCCCCUCCAUGUGCACGGCCUACGGAGACCGCCACUACAAGAGCUUUGACGGCCUGCUGUACGACUACAUCGGCGCAUGCAAAGUGUACCUCGUCAAGAGCAACAAUGCUGAUGUGGUGCUGAAUGUAAUGACUGAGAACGUGGACUGUUACAACGGCGGAGUCAUCUGUAGGAAGUCCCUGCUCAUCAACAUUGGCCGGUCCGUUGUGGCGUUUGAUGAUGACAGUGGGAGACCGAACCCCUCAAGUGUGGUUGACAGGAGGCAGAGAAUGCUCGUCUGGACUGCAGGCUACUUCACUGUCAUCCACUUCCCUGAGGAGCACGUGACCGUCCUCUGGGACCAGAAGACCACUGUACAUGUCCAGGUUGGACCACAGUGGCAGGGCAAGCUGAGUGGGCUGUGUGGGAACUUUGACCUGAAGACAGUGAAUGAGAUGCGGACCCCGGAAAACAUUGACUCCCCCACACCCCAGGAGUUUGGAAACAGCUGGACGGCAGCCCAGUGUGUAAACAGUCCAGAUAUCAGAGGUCCCUGCAGCCUGAACCCUCUAAGAGAGCCAUUUGCCAAGAGACAGUGUGGGGUGUUGCUCGGUGAAGUCUUCCAAUCCUGCCACCCAGUGGUUGACGUCAGCUGGUUCUACAUGAACUGCCUGGCGGACACGUGUGGCUGUACCCGUGGAGGCGACUGCGAGUGCUUCUGCUCCAGCGUAGCGGCCUACGCUCAGAGCUGCUGCCACCAGGGGGUGCCAGUAGACUGGCGGACCCCCGUUCUGUGCCCAUAUGAUUGUGAAUACUACAACAAAGUUCUAGGAAAGGGACCCUUCCAGUUGGUCACCUCCCUGAAACAGGGCACUGUGCUGGCAGCCAGUAGGUCCACUGGGCGAGUAUACCUCCAGGCAUCAAACCCCAGCUCCUCGGAUGUCCUAUCGCACUUCAUGAUGACGCCUGGGCUCAGCCGAUCCCGUCCACAUGACUCUUCACUAGUAUCGUUUGAGGCGGUGGACAGGCCAAACUACUUCCUGGAGGCCAGGCCCCAGGGCAACUUGAGGCUGACCAAGUGGAAGGAGAGUGAUGCAUUCUGGAAUGGAGCUACCUUUGUCCUCCACCGGGACACCUCGGUCCCGGGCUACGACUCCCUGGAGUCCUUCUCCAAGAGGGGCUACUUCCUCCACGCCAGCCCCCCUAGGCUUCAGCUCCUCAAGCACCGCAACUGGCCGGCCUUCCGCAGGGGGGCUCUGUUCAAACUCACAGGUAAUGUUCCAGACAGCCCAGCGGUAGGUCCUCAGUGCCAGUGGCGGUAUGACUCCUGCGUCAGCCCCUGCUUUAAAACCUGCAGUGAUCCUUCUGGCACAGCCUGUGUCACUAUUCCAAAAGUGGAGGGCUGUCUUCCUGUGUGUCCCUCACAUAUGGUUCUGGACGAGGUCACACACCGAUGUGUACAUACAGAGGACUGCAUUAAGCCUGCAGUUGCUGUGCAGCCCAUAACACCGCCCAGCGCUGAGACAACACCUGCAGCUGUCACUUCUGAGGCUGCCAGCCACAGCUCCUCCGCCCCCUCGACCUCCUCCACCACCUCCACAGCCACCACAGCCACCGCCGCCUCUACAGCCACCACCUCCACAGCCACCACAUCCAGCACCACCUCCGCAGCCACCACCUCCACGCUCUUACCCAUCACCACGCCAACAAUCUUCACCACCACCAACACCUCAUUCUCUUCCCCCUCUGCCGGGACCACCAGCCCGGCCCCAGCCGUCACCACGUCCCCCAUCACUACCACUACCACCACUACUUCAACCUCCUCCCGGUCAACCUCCACUCUACCCCCCAUCACUACCACUCCCUCCGCUGUGCACACCCCCUCAGUAUCCACCGUGUCCACCACCACCACCACCACCAGCGACACCACCUCCACCAGCACCACCACUACUCCCUCCACAUCCACCCCCUCAACAAUAUCCACCACUUCUCCCAUUGCCACCACCAUCACCAUAUCCACCCGAUCCCCAUCUCCCAUUACCACCACCACCACCUCCUCCAUCUCCCCUGUCUCUCCAUCAACUAUUACCCCCACCACCUCCUCCACAACAUCAAGCGCUCCAGACAAAGCUCCCACUACUCAUUUGCCAACUACUCGGCUUACCUCUGCUUCGCAAACUAUACAUGCCGCAUCAUCAAUCACCUCAACCACUGGCAUCUCUAUAAGCCCGCCACCUACCACUUCAGCUUCUCCGUCCCCUGACCUACCUAGCAGAGCGAGCACAUCUCCUUCAGCACCACAUACUCCUUCUGUCUCAUCAGAGAUGGUGGCGCCACAUACCACCGUCAAGGUGACAUCGGCCUCGCUCAGCACUGGAGUCGGUGCAACAGCUGCAACAACAAGUUCUCCUAGAUCCACAUUGAGCUCCAUAGGCCCUGCUAUCUCCAGAACAACAUCUCCCCCCUCUUCCUUCACUGCUCUGUUGUGGCUCAUCACCUCGGCUAAGAUUUCUCCUCCACUUGAGGCAAAGUUAACUUCUACAAUGAGCCCCACUACUACCACCACCACCGCCACCGCCACCGGUGUCCCAACUGCUAGCACUAUCAAGAGACCAACAACCACUUCCACCCUUUCUACUACACCAGCGUUCGACACUCCAGACACCAUGCAUAUUACCACUCAUCCUGCAGUGGUUACAACAACCGUUCCUGGUCUUCGCCCAACAACUGUCCCUGAGGCCGUAGUUUCAGAGAGGACUACCACAGCUAGCACCAGUACCACACAGGCUUACCUUGAAUCCACUAGAGAGCCCAGAACAACAGAGAAAGCCUCACCUCCCACUACGACCAUCACCACUCCAGGUUCACCGGGUACAGUUUCCAGGAUGACGUCCCCUUUGCCUCCUACAUCUAGCACUGAAACACAAACAACUUUGCUUCCAGUGAUCCCUCUGGCGAUAACCACAGAAGCUGUCACACCAGUCGCUCCAUUCACAACAAGUAAAACCACAACGUUGCAGCCCAGGGAAGAGGUAACUAUAGCUUUUACAACCGCGGCGACCACAGAGAAGACAGAGACUACAACCCUAGCCGAGCUAGCAGAAUCAACAUCAACUCACAUGCCACCAACUACCACCACCACACUGGCCGGUCCAAUGCCACCACUGUCUACAGUAAGAGCAAAAACAGAAAAGGUGACAACACUGGUAUCCACUGCAUCUCACGGACCUGUAUCCAUCACCACCACAGCUGUGGCUUCACCAUUUAGGACAACAGAAGCCACUGUUGUUCCUCCUUUAACCUCCAAACAUUCUACAGAGAGCACAUCCUGGUCUGCAAGUAUUCCGACCCCACGUGGAACCACAACUACUGCACCUAUAGAGUUCCCGGAUGCAUCAACCACCUCCAUUCAACCUCCAGUUACCACGAAAUCGGGUGUAUCUCCUGUGACCCUAACAGAGACCACCCCUAUACCUGUGGCAACAGUCACAGAAAGCUCCACUCAUAAGACGUCAACUACAACGACCUCUGAGCCGUGGCGUCAGCCCCAUUGGGAAACUUCCUCUGUUGCUACUUAUGGAACUGAAAAGGUGACCACUCCCCACGUCACUUCAAAGACGUCAACCCCUACAGUCUCUGCGACAGCUACCGCCCGGAUACCUCACGCUGCAAUCACCACAAAGAAAGUGGUAAGCAUGGCAACCUCAGCAGCCUCAACUGGAACUGCGACUACAACUAGAACUCCCACAGAUGUGACUACUAAAGCAACGACCCAGCAAACAUCAGCUGUACCUUUGGCACCUGAGACAUCUCGUACCACAAGCUCUGCUAGAACCACUCAGAGGGUCGGGACUACGACAUACAGGCCAAUCACUCCACAUAUCGGGACUGAGGCAACACCGGUUUCUCCACUGACUGGAAAAGUGGAGGUACCCACGACUACCUCCACCAGCCUGCCAACUUCCUCAUGGUCUCCACAGACCCCAACUACUUCAACAACCACGCACCACCAAGAAAAAGACACCACCCGAGUGGCGUCAACCUUAACAUCCACACCAGCAACAACCACCACAACAAAGAGCACAACAGCAACAAAAACCUCGACAACACCAAGAGUCACGUCACCAACAAGCUUGCCCCCCGAGGUCACAACCACCAAAAGGACAACCAUGAGGGUUAGCACUGCAACAGCGACCUCAAGCUUCACCACGCCUGGUAUACCAACAACAACACCAAUCACCGGGACAACUGUAGUCCCAGUCGUCCCAUCGACAUCAACCCGGACUACCUCAGUGCCAGCCUCUACAGAGAGCGGAUUGGAUCGUGUCUUCCUAACCACGCCAGUUGCCAUCACCACCAGUACCACUCCAUCAGGUCCUGAUCCAGUUACCAGCACGACGACAGUCCAAACACCCACUGAUGUUCCCAUGGGAGUCACCAGGGGGUCGCCUCCUGUAACAUCUGUGAAGACCUCCACCACCAAAGAGACUGAGGCUGCCCCGGCCGCAGGAACAACUGUUACUCCUCAACCUCCUGCUGAGGUGGCCUCCAUUUGGAGCCCUGGUACUAGGCCCAGCAGCACAUCAACCCCAACAGACACCUCAAGGCAUCCAACAGAACCUAGAGAACCUUCUGAAAGCACCACAUUAGGGUCAUCUUCAUCACCUGUGCCCAUUGCUCAGGGUUCCACCCUGGCAGCCACAAGGGCCACGGUGAAAGUCACAAGCUCUAUGGCGAUAUCCCCUACAAGGAUGUGCACUCCUCCCUAUUCGGAGUUCAUUGAUGAGUGCACCAAGUAUAUAUGUGUCAACAGUCAGCUGGUCCUGUUCAACAAAACGCAAAACUGUCCAUAUAACUCAUUGCCCCCAAACUGUGGUCUGCUGGGAUUUGCAAUAUUGGUAAAUGGAGACAAGUGCUGCCCAAAGUGGGACUGUCCCUGCCGUUGCUCAGUAUUCCCCGACCUGAACGUCAUCACGUUUGACGGGAACAGCGUAGCCAUCUACAAAGCAGCCUCAUACAUUGUCUCUCAGCUCCCCAAUGAGACAAUCAGCGUCCUGGUUCAGGAAUGCCCUUCUGACCCGGAUGCACUCCUUUGGAAUUUCACCAACCUGUGUCUUGUGGCACUAAACAUUAGCCACGGGUCGAACCACAUUAUUAUCAACAGACUUCAGAGAAGGCUCUAUGUCAACUCAAGGUACGCCAAGCCACGUUUUAGGAAGUUUGGCUUCGAGGUCCUGGACACGGGGAACAUGUAUCUGAUCCGCAGCCCAUCGGGUCUCAAACUCCAGUGGUUCCACAGCACCGGCAUGAUGGUGAUAGAGACAGAGAGCCCUGGAAACAGGCUCCCCACCAUGGGUCUCUGUGGCUAUUGCGACGGCGACCCAGCCAACGACCUGGCCCUGGCCAACGGCACCGUGGUGGGCGAGAGCGAGGACCCGGCGCUGUUCAUCGACAGCUGGCAGGUUCCCAACACCACCAGCUACGUCAGCCACAGCCGCCGCCGCGAGGUCAACUGCUCCACCAGCGACUGCUCCGACUGCAUGGCGAUGCUGCAGGACAGCUCCUUCCUCCCCUGCCACGACUUUGUUCCUCCCAGCACAUUUUGUGAAAUGUGGGUGCGUGACGCAGAGUACGUCAACAACCGUUGUGUGGCUCUCGCUGCCUACGUUGCUUCCUGCCACAAAUUCAACAUCUGCAUCGAAUGGCGCAGUCAGGAAUACUGCUCCUUCACCUGCCCCGGGACCCUUCGCUACCAGGCAUGUGUACCGGCCUGCACGGCACAGUCCUGCCCCAACCAGGACUUUGAGUCGGAGCCAGGCCAGUGCUCAGGCCUUACCGAGGGCUGUGUGUGUCCUGAAGGCACCCUGCUUCACCGGCCCUACUCAGCACUCUGCAUACCCCCAGACAUGUGUGCAUGCACAGACAGCGCCGGUGUUCCCCGGGCCAACGGGGAGCUUUGGAAGGCGUCUAAAGAUGGCUGCUGCAUGUACCGCUGUGAGAACGAUGCCAUCAAGCCCGUGGAGUACAACUGCUCGGCUGUGGCUCUGCCUGUGUGCCAUCGAGCAGGGGAGGUGGUCAUCAGCCUGGCCGACGACAACAACUGCUGUCCCCAGAAGGCCUGUGUGUGUAACCAGAGUUUGUGCGCUGUGGACCCACCGCUGUGUCAUUACGGAGAGAAGCUUGUGUCGUACUUCAGACAGGACUCCUGCUGUCCCCACUACGUGUGUGAGUGUGAUUCUGAGCUGUGUGAGUCAGAGGUGCCAGUGUGUAGAGAGGACCAGUCCCUGAUCGCCACCAGAACUGACGGAAGCUGCUGCUUAGCGCACAUCUGCAUGUGUAACGCUUGUCCAGAGAGCAUCCCAUUGUGUGCGGAGGGGGAGGUGCUAACGGUGGACGCCAACAGCACAGACCACUGCUGUCCUGACUAUCAGUGUGUCUGUGAGACUCACAGGUGUUCCCAGGUCAGCUGUCCUGUGGGGAUGUCUGUUUCACCUGUGUCAAGUCCAGAUCAGUGUUGCCCAAGCCACAACUGUGUGUGUUCCUGCGAGAAGAUCUCCGCCCCGAACUGUGCAAUGGGGGAGACCACACAACUGGACAGAGUCUUCCUCACGGACCCAGUGAACCAGUGUGCCUGCAGAAGAUACCAAUGCGUGCGUGAGGCGGUGUGUGUGGACGGCGAGCGUGGCCUGAUGCGCCCGGGCCAGACGCUGGUGGAGCACAGCCCAGACGGUCUGUGCCGCAGCACCCAGUGCACCAGCAGCCUGGACCCCGCCACGGGCUACCACCGCCUCCGCACCCUCAGCACCAACUGCUCCGCCCGCUGCCAGCCGAACCAGCUGUACAUUGCCCCCAGAGACCAGACAUCAUGCUGUGGCGUGUGCAGGAACAUCUCCUGUCUCUACCGGGAUGAGAACGGCACGGUGGCGCUCCAUAAGCCGGGGAGGACCUGGGUGUCCAACUGCAAGAAGUAUGAGUGUGCAGACACACUGUCAGGCCCCACCCUCAUCUCAUACGCCUUCAGCUGCCCUCCCUUCAACGAGACAGAGUGCAUGAAGGUUGGAGGAAGUAUUCUAACUUACAUGGACGGAUGCUGCAGGACAUGCAAAGAAGAUGGAAAGUCGUGUCAGAGGGUGACGGUGAGAAUGACCAUCAGGAAGAACGAUUGCCGCAGCAACAGGCCGGUCAACAUCGUGUCCUGCGACGGCAAGUGUCCCUCGGCCAGCAUCUACAACUACAACAUCAACACGUACGCGCGCUUCUGCAAGUGCUGCCGGGAGAUGGCUCUCCAGCGCCGCUCGGUGCAGCUGUACUGCAGCGGGAACUCCACCUGGGUCAGCUACUCCAUCCAGGAGCCCACCGACUGCUCCUGUCAGUGGUCCUGAGGCACCGACCGCUAAACAUGGGCGUAGCCACACAUUACAUAGAGCACACUCACACACACACACACACACACACACACACACACACACACACCGUACACAUCCCGAUCCCAUCGGCACACGCCAAACGUAUGCAUGCACACUUAUAACCGAUGAGACAUUCAAACAUACACACACACUCACACACGCACACACUGACACACACACACACACACUGACAAACACGCACACACACACACACACACACACACUUGCAUACAGAGUAGCUGACAUUUAGUCGCACUGACACAUGGCAAUUAUCAAACCAGUGCACAGAACAUAGACGGUCUCAUGCACGCACAUCUGUUUUUGUUAAUUGUCGGAUACAUAUGUAACCAGUAGUUUGCACACAAACACACACACACAUUCACGGAGAACCAUACACAGGUGAAACUUUCUGGGCAGGCAACGUUGGAGGCCAUAAUGAUUUCAGCAUUCCAUGGUGCAUUCAUUAUUCAUAAUUCAUUAUGUGAUACAUUUUAAACAUUAUUUUUCUUUUCUUUUUUAUUGUUUUCUCACUACACUUUUGUGAAACAUGAAGCAUGUUUCCGGAUGUGACGGUUUAGGUUGAUGUGUGGAGUGUUUGAAUGCAAAGAGUUACUGAAGGAUGUAUAAAGGUACAAGAGCCACAGUGGGACGUGCUCAGAGGGGUGGAACCCACGGUAUAGGAAUUAGACUAGUCUAUAAACGAGUCAAGCCUUUUCUUUUCUGUUUACCAUAACACCUGACAUACGAUGCUUAUCCGAAGUACCACUUAUCCAGGGUACACAACCACAACUAAUGCGGUUUGGUAUAGUAGGAAUGGAACUUUAGCACGAGGGGUGGCCUGGACAACAUUACUAGGGUUGUCCAGAGUUAAUGGGGAGUGUUAAUGAGGAGUGUUAAUAGAUUACUUCCCUUGUGAACAAUUAAGCAAUUUGAAAGGCAGCGGCAAAACAUAGACAUGAUUAUCUUCUCCACCUAUUGCACUUGAUUGAUUAAUGCGUAUUUAUUGGAAGGCUUGGAUAUAUAAUAUAAAGGGAAAAAAUGAAUUAUCUAUUGGUACGAAUCUCCAGGUUGGGAACUAACAAUCGGAACAUAAAACCCUCAAUUCAACACUUCAACAAAACAGAAGAAUCAGCUCUUCUACUUUGAGGACAACAGCAGUUUUCUAAUGUGUGGUUUAAUAGAUUUAAUAAUUUGUGAAUGUUAUUAUCAAACUAAAUUAGUGAUAGUGAUAAUAUGUGUAGGAUAUUAGUCCACCAGGUGAGCAGACCUUAAAACAGAUGGGUCAUGCAAUUAAAAAUAUAGAAAAUUGUUUUAACACUAUGAAAAAGAGUUCAAUUGUGCUUUGUUUGUAUAUAAGUAUAUUACCAUUCUUUGCGAAGAAAAAAGUUUUUGGCAUUAUUACAUUUCAUUUACCUUAAAAAAAAAAAGGAGGAAAUAACUAUAUAUACCCAGUGAGAUUCUUUAACCAAUGCAAUCAAAGAC